ACACACAUUCCUACUGAUUAUCUCAACCUCAUGUUCAUGCCAGCUCUAACCAGUCACAUCUGGAGAAAAUCAGCGAGAGAAAGGCUGGUGAGGAUCCGCCAGACAGUCAGAGAGAGACAGAGAUUCAGACAGUCUGGAUCCGAGAAACCAAGGAUCCGAGAUUCUGAGAUUUUUUCUGAGAGCCCAAGGAUCUGAGAUACUGAGUCAUGUAUUCUAAGAACCCAAGGAUCCAAGAUUUUGUUAAGAGUCCAACAGUCUGAAAGCCCAAGGAUCCAAGACUUCGAGUCAUCUAUUCUGAGAGACCAAGGAUCCAAGAUUCUUAGAGUCUGACAGUCUGAGAGCCCAAGGAUCCAAGAUUCCAAGAGUCAUCUAUUCUGAGAGCCCGAGGAUCUGAGAUUUUGAGAGUCCAACAGUCUGAAAGCCCAAGGAUCCGAGAUUUUGAGUCAUCUAUUCUAAGAACCCAAGGAUCCAAGAUUUUGUUAAGAGUCCAACAGUCUGAAAGCCCAAGGAUCCAAGACUUCGAGUCAUCUAUUCUGAGAACCCAAGGAUCCAAGAUUCUACGAGUCUGACAGCCUAAGAGCCCAAGGAUCCAAGAUUUUUGAGUCAUCUAUUCUAAGAACCCAAGGAUCCAAGAGUUCUUUAUUCUGAGAGACCAAGGAUCCAAUAUUCUGAGAGUCUGACAGUCUGAGAGCCCAAAGAUCCAGGAUUUUGACAGUCUGAAAGCCCAAGGAUCCAAGAUUUCGAGAGUCCUCGAUUCUGAGAGCCCAAGGAGCUGAGAUUCUGACAGUGUAAAAGCCCAAGAGACUCCAAGAUCCUGACAGUCUGAGAGUCAAAAAGACUGAGAUUCUGACAGUCUGAGAUUCUGACAUUUUGAUUUUAUUAGCUUAUAUUAGUUUAUAUAACAUAACUGUGAUCAUUUUAAAUAUUUCUCUGUAAUUCUGUAUAAUCAUUUGCUUACAGCAAAGAGACUGUCAUUUUCAUUUGCAGCUGUGCAGGAUCUGAACUUAAACACUUCUAACCACAGAACCAAAUAACCGGGCAGCUCAGUUACUGAAUACAUCCUGUCUCAACGUUGUCCUGAGCCUGUGUUCAGAUUAACACAUACGCAGCAACUUACUGUCGCCAUUGCUAAUCUGCUUUACCUUAUUUAGUCAUAACUGAGUGAUAUUCAGGGGAACGCCCUUGCCCUUAAAAACCUACGACUGAUAGAUUUGGGGCAGAGCGGUCUUCGACUCGUACGCUCUGAAUGAUUUUGUCUGAAUGCUUGAUCUCAAAUAGUUACUCAGAGGCAUUUGGUGUUUUUAGAUUUUUAUGAGUGAUUCCACAACAAGACCAAGAUUUUGACAGUCUGAGACCCUGAGAUUUCAACAUUCGACCGUCUGAGACCCCGAGAUUUCAACAGUCUGAGACCCUGAGAUUUCAACAGUCUGAGACCCUGAGAUUUUAACAUUCAACCGUCUGAGACCCUGAGAUUCUAACAUUCGACAGUCUGAGACCCUGAGAUUUCGAUAUUCGACAGUCUGAGACCCUGAGAUUCUGAUAUUCGACAGUCUGAGACCCUGGGAUUCUGAUAUUCAACAAUCUGAGACCCUAAGAUUUCGAUAUUCGACAGUCUGAGACCCUGAGAUUCUGCCAUUCAACAGUCUGAGACCCUGAGAUUCUGACAUUUGACAGUCUGAGACCCUGAGAUUUCGAUAUUCGACAGUCUGAGACCCUGAGAUUUCAAUAUUCAACAGUCUGAGACCCUGAGAUUUCGAUAUUCGACAGUCUGAGACCCUGAGAUUUCGAUAUUCGACAGUCUGAGACCCUGGGAUUUCGAUAUUCGACAGUCUGAGACCCUGAGAUUUCAAUAUUCAACAGUCUGAGACCCUGAGAUUUCGAUAUUCGACAGUCUGAGACCCUGAGAUUUCGAUAUUUGACAGUCUGAGACCCUGAGAUUUCGAUAUUCGACAGUCUGAGACCCUGAGAUUUCGAUAUUCGACAGUCUGAGACCCUGGGAUUUCAAUAUUCAACAGUCUGAGACCCUGAGAUUUCGAUAUUCGACAGUCUGAGACCCUGAGAUUUCGAUAUUCGACAGUCUGAGACCCUGAGAUUUUGAUAUUUGACAGUCUGAGACCCUGGGAUUCUGACAUUCGACAGUCUGAGAUUCUGAAAGUCUGAGAUCUUGAGAUUUAGUUGGUCUGAGAGUCUGAGAUUCUGAGAGUCUGUUGUCAGGAUGUGUACGGGAAAGUGCGCUCGCUUCAUCGCCUGGUCUCUGUAUCCUCUGAGCAUCAUCUCCAUCACCUGCAACAUCAUCCUGUUGUUUCCGGACUGGAAGGUGAAGUACGCACUGGACCACCAACUCACCCCGGAAGUGAUGCUAAUGGGAGGUCUGUGUGGAGGAGGACUCGCGGUGUUAGCCCCCGCCCUCUUUAUUCACCUGACCGGGAGGAAAGGCUGCUGUGCUAACCGCUGUGGGAUGUUCCUGUCCAUUGGUUUUUCAGCCAUUGGCGUUGCUGGCGCCAUCUACUGUUUCGUAGUGGCGAUUUUUGGUUUGGUAAACGGACCCCACUGCAGAUAUUCUAUGUUUUCAAUCUGGGGAAGACCUUUCCAGGGCAGUUCUGAGGGAUAUCUGACUGAUCAGAGUCAGUGGAGCACGUGCACCGAGCCGAAGAACGUGGUGGCGUUUCACGUGGGCUUGUUCUGUACGCUGUUGUUGGUCAGCAGCCUGGAGAUGGCGCUGUGCUUGUGCCAGAUGAUUAACGGCCUGGUCGGCUGCAUCUGUGGAGCUAAAACAUGAGCAAGCGUGCAGUGAAACAUCGCCCUCCGGAGGACAGCAUGUAUUACUGCAAUCCAGAUAAAAAUACGCAUUUAAAGAUAAUCAGCCUGCUUUCUUCAUCACACACAGAUACUGUUAUAUAUUAUUACACUUAUUAUCUACUGACUAGUAAAUACUGUACAAGUUAUAUAUAUAUAUAUAUAUA